GUGUAGCGCUGGAGAUACAUCCUCAGAGUGAGCAUCUCUGGCAACUUUACCUCAGAGACCUGUCAGUGCUCCCUGCCUGCUUCCCUCCUGCGCACUGCCUUCAGGGCCUAAUCACAGUCCAUGUCUCUGGGACCACUGGGUUCUGCCCUGGUAUCUUACUCUGGCUGUCUACUGGGAUAUCACUAUCAGACCUGGGCUAAAGCUGAAGAUGAGUGCAGUGCUGCCAGGUUGCCUACUGCUGCUGCUCUUGGGCUCACUCAUGGCUUCAGACUUUCCAAGCUUAAGUGCUAAGAAAGACCACCUCGUCAUAGCUGCCAAUGAAACAUUAACUAUUGCAUGCAGGGGACAGAGACCUGUGAAUUGGUCGUGGCCAAUAAACCACAGCAACAGUAUUAAUAAUCGCUUAUCUGUCAGUGAGUGCAAUGAAAGUUCCUACUGUCUGACGCUCACACUUACCAAGGUUGUAGCCAAUGACAGCGGGAUUUACAAGUGCUACUACGAAGACAGUAAUGCUACAGCCAGUGUUCGUGUCUUUAUUCGGGAUGAAAGGUCUCCCUUUGUGCCUUCAAUAAGUGAACAACUUCUUGCUGUUUAUAUCACAGAGAAUAAAACAGUGACAGUACCAUGCUUGGCCUCUAAACCUGAUCUGAAUGUCACACUGUGUGCGAAAUAUCCAGAUUCCACAUUUCAUCCUAAUGGUAACAGCAUACACUGGGAUCACAAAAAGGGAUUCACCAUUUUAAGUGAAUUAUUAAAGACUGUGAGCUGGGUCUCCUGUGAAACCAAGCUCAAUGGAGAGGUCUAUAGAUCACCUUCUUAUUUUGUAUUAGUUGUAGGUUUUAAGAUAUACAGCCUGUCCAUGAAUCCCCAUCCUCAGGUUCAGCUGGCGGUUGGAGAGAAACUAGCUUUAACGUGCACUGCUCAUACUCCCCUAAAUGUGAGGGUUGACUUUAAAUGGGACUAUCCUGCAAUAAUGGAGAAAAGUGCAGAGACCAAAGGGCUCAAAAAAGAACUUCAUGGGGGACUGGAACUUUCAGGGAUCUUUAUUAUCGACUCUGUUACAUUGAAAGACAGAGGCAACUACAGCUGCACAGCAUACACUGGCCUCAUGUCAAAGACCAGCAGUACAACUGUGAUUGUACAUGAGAAGCCCUUCAUAACCCUUGAUGAAAGCAUGGACUCUGUCGUUGUAACCAAGGUUGGGCAGAAGGUGAGAAUCCCUGUGAAGUACACAGCAUAUCCUAUGCCUGAUAUAAAAUGGUUAAAAAAUGGGAAACCGCUGCACCAUCCUAUGGUAAGAAUGGUAAACAACUUAUUAAUCAAUGCUGCCUCUGAAAAGGAUGCUGGGAAUUACACUGUUGUUCUUAGCAAUGUGCAGACUAAGCAGCAGGAAAGCCAUACUUUCCAUCUGGUUGUACAAGUGCCUCCAAAGAUAUGCGAGAAGGCUGUGCCUGCCCCACUGGAUUCUUACAAAUAUGGCAAUCUGUAUAUUUUAACUUGCACAGCAUCUGGAAUUCCUACCCCAGUCAGUAUAAAGUGGGAGUGGCAGCUGGAAGAAGAGUGUUCUUUUUCCUCAUACCAGUAUGAUAUUGGGAAAAACCCCUACACAUGUGCAAGCUGGAGGGAUAUUUUUGACAAAAAUGGUGGAAAUGUGAUUGAAACCAAUGAAACUCGCACAGAUGUCAUAGAAGGCAAAGUGAAGACUGUGAGUAAACUGGUCAUUCACUCAGCCAGAGUAUCUUCUCUGUACCGAUGCUCAGCCACAAACCAAGCAGGAGAGGAUGAGCAUGUGAUCUCUUUCCAUGUUACCAGAGGCCUAGAAAUUGACAUGCAGCCGAACAGCAAGCUCACUGAGCGGGACAACAUAACAUUAAUAUGCACAGCUGACAAGUUUACUUAUGGGAAUGUCAUGUGGUUCAAGCUUAGUCCCAGCACAGUGGAAAAGCAUCAUAUGGGAUGGCCAAUACCAGUGUGCAAAAACCUUGUUGGCCUGGUUAGAAUGCAUGCCACAACUACAAAUACCAAUGGAGACAACGUGACCUCGGCCCUGGUCCUGCAUAACAUAUCAAUGCGUGAACAAGGAAACUAUGUUUGUGUUGCACAAGACAAAAAGACCCAGAAAAAAUAUUGUUUGAUCAGACACAUAAGAAUACAAGCACAAAAAGUUCCCUUUAUCUACCAGGACCUGAAAAACCAAACUAGAAAUGUCAGUGAAACGGUGGUAGUGAAAUGUCAGGCCUCUGGAACGCCUGAUCCGCAAAUCAUUUGGUUUAAGGAUGAUGACAGCCUUGUAGAAGACUCAGGCAUUAUUUUAAAAGACCAUAAUAGGACUUUGACUAUCCAGAGAGUUCGGAAGGAAGACGAAGGAAUCUAUUCUUGCAGGGCUUGUAAUGACUUGGGAUGUACAAAGUCAGAAAUGUACUUCACAGUAAAUGGCACAGACGAGAAAACAAAUCUGGAGCUCAUUAUUCUGGUUGGCACCGGAAUCAUUGCCAUGUUUUUUUGGGUGCUUCUCGUAAUCAUCCUCCGGACCGUAAAGAGGCCCAAUGGAGGGGAGCUUAAGGCUGGCUAUUUGUCAAUCAUUAUGGACCCUGGUGAAGUUCCUAUAGAGGAACAGUGUGAGCGGCUUUCUUAUGAUGCCAGCAAGUGGGAGUUCCCGAGAGAUCGUCUCAAAUUAGGGAAGCCACUUGGUCGUGGGGCUUUUGGACAAGUCUUGGAAGCUGAUGCCUUUGGAAUAGACAAAAGUGGUAGCUGCAAAACUGUAGCAGUAAAAAUGCUAAAAGAAGGGGCUACCACCAGUGAACACAGUGCAUUAAUGUCAGAGCUGAAGAUUCUGAGCCAUAUUGGUCACCAUCUAAAUGUUGUCAACCUUCUUGGAGCCUGCACUAAACCUGGAGGUCCCUUAAUGGUGAUUGUGGAAUACUGUAAAAAUGGCAAUCUGUCUGCAUAUUUAAGAAGCAAAAGAAGUGAAUUUGUAUUAUACAAGACAAAAACACCCCGCUACAGGAAGCAGCACUACGUUGAAGUUUCAAGAGACCUUAAGCGGCGCUUAGAUAGUAUUGCAAGUAGCCAAAGCUCAGCCAGCUCUGGGUUUGCAGAAGAGAAAUCUCUCAGUGAUGUUGAGGAAGAAGAUGCAGGGGAAGUUUCUGAAGACACAUGCAAGAGUUCUUUGUGUAUGGAAGAUCUGAUAUCUUACAGCUUUCAGGUGGCCAAAGGCAUGGAAUAUAUGGCAUCACGUAAGUGCAUCCAUCGGGACUUAGCAGCGCGCAAUAUACUCCUGGCAGAAAACAACGUGGUAAAAAUCUGUGACUUUGGUCUGGCACGGGAUAUCUACAAAGACCCUGAUUAUGUGAGGAAAGGAGAUGCUCGUCUCCCUUUGAAGUGGAUGGCACCAGAAACCAUCUUUGACAGAGUAUACACUACACAGAGUGAUGUCUGGUCGUUCGGAGUACUUCUUUGGGAAAUUUUUUCCUUAGGAGCCUCACCCUAUCCUGGAGUUCAAAUUGAUGAAGACUUCUGCAGGCGGUUAAAAGAGGGGACAAGAAUGAGGGCGCCAGAAUAUGCAACAGUGGAAAUAUAUCAGACAAUGUUGGAUUGCUGGCAUGGGGAUCCACAACAAAGGCCUGUUUUUUCAGAGCUAGUAGAGCAUUUAGGAAAUCUGUUGCAAGCCAGUGUGCAACAGGAUGGAAAAGACUAUAUUCCACUUACAGUAUCUUUAAACAUUGAAGAUGAUUCUGGCCUCUCUGUGCCAACUUCACCUGUUUCCUGUAUGGAGGAAGAGGAAGUUUGUGAUGCAAAAUUCCAUUAUGAUAACACAGCUGGAUUAAGGUUCCUUCACAGCAGCAGCAAGAGACAGAGCCGUCCUGUUAGUGUCAAGACAUUUGAGGACAUUCCUGUAGAGCCUGCAGUGAAAGCCAUUCAAGAUGAGAGCCAGACAGACAGUGGAAUGGUUCUUGCAUCAGAAGAGCUGAAAACACUGCAAAACAGAACUGACCAAACACAGUUUUUUAGCAUUUUGAAGCAGAGUAAAAGCAAGGAAUCCGUAACAUCAGAGUCUUCGAACCAAACUAGUGAUUGCCAGUCGGGGUACCAUUCUGAUGACACGGAGGCAGCUACAGAUUCUAAUGAAAAGACACAACUACUCCAGAGAAAUUCUUCAUCAGACACUUGCCAUACGGACAUCAUUCGACAUGAAACGGUUCUCCAGUUAAGCACAGAUGUUUAAACAUGGAGGCAGGCUGGUGCCUUUCAAUUUAAGAAGCUUUCCUAGGAGCUACAAACAAACUAGUCUUCCUGUGCACUACUCUUAAUAUUGUAUUUCUUCAACUCCUUCCAGCAAGAGGCCAGAAGAUAUUAAGGACAAAUGUAUGCUUCUUUGGAUCUACCCAGCAAUAAGGAAUAGAUUCCAAAUGACAAUGCCUUAAACAAAGAAUAUAUUUUUAUAUAAUUUUGAGGGCAGAGUAUGGAUCUUCUGAAGCCAUGAUUCUUGUAUGGACACCAAAUGUCUGCUAUUGCAUUAUGGGAGACUGAAAGAGUAACUGAUAAAAAUAUUAAGACUCCUGAUUCCCCUUCAGUACAGUGUUUAAUGCAAGUCAUGCCCUUGAACUAAUCUUGGAAAUAUCAAAUCUUGAGCUGUGAAAAACUGAGUUGCUGCUGCACUAUUUCUACUACAGUUCUGUCUUGAAGACAAGAAAAUCAAAGUCAAUAAUGUUAUAUGGUGUUAUCAUGGCUUCAUAUUAGGUCAUGUUUUGUAAGAGAGACUUACAGUGUAUUGACUACCAGUCAUUUUAGAAUACCAGUUAUGGAUUGGUAUAGUUCCUGGAUACUGGAGAGUGAUGAUAACAAGUGUAACUUGUGUGCUACAUACAAACACAUGAGCAAUAGCAAUUUUUUACCAUUUGCCUUAAUUAUUUGACUCCUUUCUUUUACACAACUUGUAUCAUAGAAUAAUGAAAUAUUGUCCCUAGGCUGAAAUGAAACAGAUGAACAGUGGUUAAUUUGUUGUUAAAAUGUAGCAUAUAUACUCCAUCAUUUUAUAUGAUGAUCUGGUGUUUUGGGGAAUAUUUAUUAUAAUGUAGAAUAGAUGAUAAACCUGCCAUUAUAUCAAAGCUAUAUCAACAGUCAUUAUAUCAAAGCUGUAAAAUGAAUAUGUUAUUUAAUUACAGGACAUUAUAACAGUAUUAACAUUAUUUUGUUUCACUUUUCUAGAAAGCAUAGGGUUACCAGGUAGUUCCUACAUCAUUAUGUAUCAAGGCUAGCAAAACAAUCCAGUGACAGAAAUGCCUUACAUUCUGAGGCUGAUUUAGUUUUAAUACAUUCAUUCAGCAGAGAUGAAAGGAGACACAAACACCAUUUUACAUAUUUAUAGUCCAUUGUAGUGAAAAGAAAUGUAAUAUAUAGUUAUUUAUAUUAGUAAAAGGUUUUAUAUGUGUAUAUAUAAUGAACAGUUUUAUAAACUUCUAAUUUUAUAUUUUUUGUAUAAAGUUUUCUAACUGAACCAAUUAGCUGCCAUAUAGAAUUUUAUUUUAAUUCAUGAAAGUUUCGGUAUGAUGAUGAAAAGAUUUUUCAAACCUCGCUGUGUCUUAGAUAAGCUAUGCCUUAUAAGAUGUAAUUUAGAUGGGAGAGCCAGUCCCCAGCAGUUACUGAGCAUCCCUCCCCCAGCCUGUUUGCCAUGGUAUUAGUUGAGGAACGCAUGUUGGACAUUUCUAAUUUAAAAAGCACUCACUAAAUGUCUUUUCUUGUUUUAAGAGAUAAUGACAAUAUUUUAAAAUGACUGCACUUCCAUUGAAAGGACCUGAUACUAUUAGUGAUGGCAAAUUUCAAAAUUGCUCUCUUUUCCAGGGCUAGGGCAGCCUGAACUUCCAAGCCCAACAAGCUGAAGCUGUACUGCUGUGCCCUGCCAUAGAGGAGAGCUGUUAGGUGCCCACUUCUAGUGCUCUUUAGUGGCUGCAGCCUAUCAGUUAAGGAGGUCAGGACAUUAGGUCCAGAGAAUGGCACAGCAGAAAUUUCAUAAGAGUGUCAGUAUCCCUUUAAAUGUGUAAACUUGUUCUUGUAUAAUAGAAAGAAUUUAAAUCAAAUAUUAAACUGAGUAUUUUUACAAGAAAAA